AUGGAACCGUGGCAACUUUCGUACGAGGGUAAGCUGAAAGAGUUGUGUCAGCUUAUUGAAGCUGAUGUGAAAAUUUUGCACAAAACGGAUAAAACUGGUCGCAAUUUGUUGCAUUGGGCAGCAUGCGGUGGUCAUUUAGAACUGUGCAAACUUCUUCUUUCCAAGGGUUUGGACAAAGACUCUCGUGAUGAGUCUCAAUGGACUCCACUGAUGAUCGCCGUGUCCGCAGGUCGGAAUUCUGUGGUCGAAUAUCUUAUCGACGAGGUACAAGCCGAUGUGAAUGUGAUCAAUAGUACCGGUCAGUGUCCGCUCCACUAUGCCGCCUCCAAAAACCGUCUAAAAGUGAGUGAAAAGAAAAUUAUUUGGGUUUACAUGCACAUGCGUAAUGGGUUUUUUAGUUUUUGUGUAGGAUUUCUGAGAGACGGCUAA